AUGCCAGCAGCAACUUCCAAGCGAGUUAAGGGCUUCGCACUCGAACGCAAAUUCAUCAUCGGCAACGUUGCACACAUCCUCCCUCACCCCGACCAUCCAGACAACCCGGACGAUCCCACACCCCCGGAGUUCACCAAAGGAUGGACUGUCUAUGUGCGCCCCUUACCAAAUGGCCCUGACAUCCGCACAUGGCUCAAGAAGGUGCAGUUCAAGCUCCAUCACACCUACAGGGAAUCGAACGUCACCAUCGAGGCUUCGACCUUGGACGUCGAAGAUCUGAAAAAGGGCAAAGGCUUCGAGGUGAAGCGAACCGGCUAUGGAGAGUUCUCUGUCGAAAUCAGACUCUACUUUGCGCCCGAGGCUGCUGAAAAGGCGGUCUACCGCGAGCACUAUCUUGUUCUCGGCACCUACGGUACUCCAGAACAGAAGGCCAGGCAGGAGCAGGACAACAUCAUCAUCGCCGAGAGGCUUGAAGUCAUCACAUUCAACAACCCUACUCUCGAGUUCUUCAAGCUCAUGACGGAUGAGGAGGAGAACUUUGGCUGGCUGAAGGUCAAGAAGGGACGCGGAAAGGGCAAGAAGCCAGAGUAUGUCUUUGAGGGAGACGUCGAGCCCACUGCGCAACUUCCAGAGAAGCCGCCGGCUGGCUCUGACGGUGAGGCCGGCAAAGGAGGUGCUUGGAGUCAGCAAUUCGAGAAUCAGACCAUAGCAGGCCUCAAGGAUGGUUCGAAGCAACUGGACCAGCUGAUUGCAGAUGAACAGAAGAAGGCGGAGGAGAGGAGGGAAACCAUUGAUGCCCAGCGCGCUGCAUAG